CGUCGAGAACGGUUACCCGUUGACCGCUGACAGUUCGCACUCUGCAGUUCCUUCGCAAACUGAGCAGAGAGAUGAGACAGUGGAUAAGCGCAGCCAAGGAAGUACUCGAGCGAGCCUCCACGGUCGCCAAAUUCCUCUGCUGGAUUCACGUCACCGACUCCUACCUCUUAUCCUCCACCGUCGUACAAGGGGCUAGCAUGCUUCCGACCUUGAACUUUGCCGGCGACGUGGUACUCACCGAACACAUAUCGCAGAGACUGGGGAAGGUCGGGCGUGGGGACUUGGUGCUAGUUCGUUCACCAAUCGAUCCUAACAAGAUCUUGACCAAGCGCAUAGUGGGUAUGGAAGGAGAUACAGUCACGUUCUUUGCCGACCCCCAUCUCGGUGACUACACGAUUUCUCGCGAGGUCCCGAAGGGACAUAUUUGGAUUCAAGGGGAUAACAUGUAUCAAUCCCGUGAUUCAAGGCAUUUUGGGCCUCUUCCUUAUGGUCUAAUUCAAGGAAAAGUAUUUUUUAGGGUUUGGCCUCCUCAUGCCUUUGGAUCGUUGAGUUAAUGACAAUAAUCAUUGAAGGAUUGAGUUUUCAUAAGUUUCUGAUGAAAGAGGAAAUGGGAUUAAAUAACCUAGGAUGGGUGCUGCUGUCGUCCGUUAAUGGCAUCCAUCUUUGAGGUUUGGGUUUCCAAUAUCUUAUUGACAUUUGAGGGUACUCAUUCACAAUGCUGCACUCUCACAUGCGUGAAGGGCCUAAAGGCAUGUGUAUAUCCUUUAUUAUGAUCUUGUAUUGAUAUUCUUCCCUGCUGUAUGAAACUUUGGAAGGAUAAGGUCAGUCAGUGCAAGCUGGUAUAUGCCAAUCUUCCCUUCCCGACCCCACCCCAUUAUACACAUGGAUAUUAAACCCCACUUCUUGAGUUACAACAAUACUUCCCAUCAACAUUGAGCUCACUUUUUCAUAAUUUUGUUUCUUUCUGAUUCGUAGUGUAUACACAAAUGUUGUUAAUGCAUCUCCAUUUUGAUUCUCAGGAGUUAUUUUGGAAUGUCAAUUAAUUUUUCUUUCAUGAUCAAGAAAGCUCUAAUUUUACUUGGUAGUCUAGAUUGACACACACAUCAAUGCUACCAUAUGUUACUAGUUAGAUUUCCUAUAAGUUUUACUUCUGUGUUUAUCUUCAGGAUGGAAACUGCCCUAAAUUUCUCCCCUUUCCCCCCUGUUUCUCGAAAGUUUUCAUAUCAUUUUUUCCAGAAUUUUUUCUUCACUGUUUUUUCAUUUUAUUAAAAUUUUUUUCUUAGAGUUGUUUCAGGUUUUUAGGGGAAAAAAUGCAGAAUCCUUUUGAAUCAUAACAAGAGAACUUGAUUUACAGUAUUCCAUGCAGCUGUUGUUAUAGGUUUUUUAUUUUUUUUAAGUCUUUAAAAAUAUAAAAUUUAUUAAUAUCU